AUGUCCAAUCCAUUCCGUGCCAGACACAAGAACGACCCGACCCAGGCUGCUCCGGAGGCUUCCGGGAGUUUAGGACAUACGACUCCGCCGCUGUUCGUGAAUACUAGAGUCCCGACCUCUCAGAAGCAUGUGAACUUUGCGAGUCCGCCGGCGGUAGGCUCGAUCAGCCCGGCAUCCUACCCUUCUAGUCCAGAGAGUACACGGCAAGCAGGCUUCUCGAAUGUACAUGGCGACAGUGAUGGCCUCGCCUUGGGCAAUAACCCAUUCCAAGAGAAUACUUUGAACGACGAAGACGACAUGGCUAUUGCGCAGGCUCUACAGAAUGCCCGCAUGAACAGCGAAGCGGCGACCGCCGGGAAACAGGCUACUACGGCCAGGCAGGCGAAUGUCAGGGAUACAUUGAGUCGCUUUUCGAGUGCAGGUCGCAAGGAUGCUCAACCGGUGAAGAAGGAGGAGGAGAACAAGAAGCCGAGCAUGGACGUCAAUGCAUUCACGAGACUGCUGAUGACGGGUCAAGGUGGAGCAGAUGCACAGGUCCGAGCACCAUCUACGUUCGACUCGAUAGCACGACCCACCGAGGCGACGCCACGAUCAUCAUCAGAGCACGAAAGGGCUUCGAUAUCGAAGGAAGCAAAGAUACCACCACCUCCACCAAGACCGAGAUCUUUACGUGCAGAAUCGAGCACAGAUACAAGAACAGAGUCAGAGCGAGUGAAGGAGAAUUUCGCGGCUCAGAUGCAAAGGUUCGACGACUUCGGCAAGAUCGACGAACCCGACUCUCCCGAGCAGGUCGAAGCAGUGCCGGCGAAGCCAUCGAGCACUUCGAAAAGGCCGCCACCUCCGCCAAUAGCGCGGCGAAAGAGCCAGAAAUCUGCACCGGCCUCUACAUCUACAUAUGCCAGACCGGAUCUGGCCCGCAGCGGAUCAUCACGAUAUUCGAUAAACAGCGAGAGCGGCGAGCCGCCGAGUCCAUCUCCAGAUCUACCUACAAGCAAGACGGCCCUGCCUCCGCCUCCGCCACCGCCGUCAAGGAGGCCUAAUUCACAAUACGGUCGACGACAGUCUAUGGAGCUACCAGCUACUCACGAAGAAGACGAAGACGAUACGAGCACAGAGCGUCCACCUGCAGCGAGCAAACGUAUCUCACAGUCAUCAUUACCACCACCGCCGGUUCCUCCGCCGAGAAAAGGUAGAGGAGCGUCAGGUCGGAGCAGCAUGGACAGUCAGCAUCGGCCAUCGAUGUCAGCGCUGGGAUUGAACAGCGGCUCUGCGCGUAGUAGCUCAGAGUAUGGCCGGCCGGGGAGUGAGAGCCGCAAUGCGUCGGGAACGACGGAGAAGGCGCACAAUAUUCUUGCUGAUCUGGAAGCGCUGCAGAGGGAGGUUGAUGCUGCGAGGGCUAGCGCGGGAAAAUAG